AUGGCGGGCAGCCCGAGAAGAGUGUCUCGGCGCAGGAGUGGAAGGAGCAGGGCAACCGCCUCUUCCUCAGCCGCAACCCUGGCCGACUGCAAGCAGGCGCUGGAGCUGGACCCCCAGUCAGUCAAGGCCCUCUUCUUCCUGGGUCAGUGUCACCUGGAGAUGGAGAACUACGACGAAGCCAUCGGCAACCUACAGAGAGCAUAUAACCUGGCGAAAGAGCAACGGUUGAACUUUGGCGACGACAUUCCCAGUGCCCUCCGGAUAGCCAAGAAGAAGCGCUGGAACAGCAUCGAGGAGAAGCGCAUUAACCAGGAGAACGAGCUGCACGCCUAUCUCACCAAACUCAUCCUGGCWGAGAAGGAGAGGGAACUGGAUGACAGCAGAGAGGAACAAGACGCCAAGUCGGAGGAAUGCAGAAGUCGACACGACCUCACUAAGUUCCACUCCAAACACGACAAGCACCUGUCAGACAUGGAGGAGCUCUUCUCUCAGCUGGAUGAGAAGAGGAAGAAGAGGGAGAUCCCAGACUACCUGUGUGGAAAGAUCAGCUUUGAYUUGAUGAGGGAGCCCUGCAUUACACCCAGUGGGAUCACUUAUGACCGCAAAGACAUUGAGGAGCACCUACAGCGAGUGGGCCAUUUUGACCCGGUGACACGCAGCCCUCUGACUCAAGACCAGCUGAUCCCUAAUCUGGCCAUGAAAGAGGUCAUCGAUGCUUUCAUCAUGGAGAAUGGAUGGGUGGAGGACUACUGAAGGAGGGAGGGAGGGAGGGAGAGUAGGAAUCAUCAUUCCAAAAGAGAACCAGACAUAAAAAGACCACAACAAACCAAACAAGUAUGAUCUACAUUUUAAAGCCGAGGCCACACACAGAGUGACAUACCUUCACUAGGACUGAGACUACACCACAGACUGACAUACCUUCACUAGGACUGAGACUACACCACAGAUUGACAUACCUUCACUAGGACUGAGACUACACCACAGACUGACAUACCUUCACUAGGACUGAGACUACACCCACAGACUGACAUACCUUCACUAGGGUGGACUACACCACAGACUGACAUACCUUCACUAGGACUGAGACUACACCACAGACUGACAUACCUUCACUAGGACUGAGACUACACCACAGACUGAUACUAGGACUGCCAUUAAAUCUCCUGUUGAUCUAUACARCUCUCUCMCUGUUUCCAUCCUUGUCCUUURCCCCCCUUUUCUUUUAUUGUGUCUCUCAGCUGCUCAUACUAGUCAGACCCAACAAUCAGGACACGCUACCAAACAUUGCACCGAAUCAGAGCACAUCAUCCAACAACAGGACCCAAUCAGAAUAUAGUACCCAACACCUUGGGCCAAUCGCUUGAACGUUACACUCAGAACAACCAAUCACAUUGCAGACUCCUAAACCCAGCGGCCCAAUCACAUCCUAGACCUCGAGUCUACAAGUGCAGCGAUUGACKAAUCAGGGCUAAAUGUACUCUACUUGUGGUGAUGCUCCACAACUUGUCUUCUAUUUUAAAUCUCCUUUUCUAUGGGGAAGAGGACUGUCUGAGGCYCCGCCAUGUUUUCGCCACUCUCCCAUUCUAGUCCUCUUGAGUGGCUUGUAGAUGGUCCAAUGUAGUCCUCUUGAGUGAUGGGCCYAUUUGAAACCCAACCUGAUCUCUUACCACCACAAUGCAGCACUUCUCUAUAUCCUCUUGGAGGGCUGAAAAGACUGUAUAAGCAUGAGUUGUAUAAUUUAGAAAGAAACCCUCGCCCUCAUCUUCAGUGUUUUGCAGUAUGUAGGGAAGCAAUAUGUGUAACCAAUAUGAUGGAAGGGUCCGGGAAGAGCAUUCAAGGCUUUGCGCAAAGGGUUAUUGUUUGACCAAGGACGUCUCUAAUUUUGGCUAGCUGAGUUUCCACUCAUCUGGCUCAUACAGAGCUGAGCGUUAAUGAAUGGGGAAGUGCGUAGCAGUAGGGGUCAGGGUUGGGGUCAAUUAAUUAAACCCAAUUCCACAUUUUCUUUGAAAAGAUUGGUUUAAAAUUGUGUGAGUCACAGGUGUGUUUUUGAUGGCUGUGUUUAAUUGUAAUGUGUUUUCUCUGGUUUACAUGUCACUGAAUGUUUUCAGGUGGUGUCCUGUGUGCCUCAAGUGGAGCUUGAAGUAGAAUAUGGAAGUCAGMCAUCUGAUUGGCUUUGAGAAGGGCUGUCUUCUCUUCAGUAUAACUUACUGCUCGUGGUCUCUUUUGUUUUAAUGAUUCCACGUUUAGAGCCUUAGUCCAAUGGCUGCAAAGCAUGGUUGGGGUCYAUGACAUUUUUCAAGUGACGAUUUUAGAAUGCAAAUUCAUGGAUAAAAAAUAAAGGGGUCAUUUUCAAUUCGACCCCUCAACCCUGCUGCAAACAGAUAAUCAGUUUCCUCUUCUCAUCAUUUCAGAAAUCAUACAUUCCUCUCAGCCAUACGAACCUGUUUGACUUACCAACUGAAAAUGAUUGAAUGUGAAAUGAACCUGUAUAUUCCUACCCUCUGCUGGAUAUGAGGAUGCACAGUUUUGUUGUGUUAGUCUGUCAUGUGUAUCAAUAUUAUGUGUACAUGUAGGGGUGGGGACAUUCUCCCCCUAGGCCCUGAUUCCUCCUAAGAGAGGGGUGGGAACAGUCAAGUUUCUCUGGAGCCUCAUUGGGGCUGUGAAUGUUCUUUAUUUCACUGUCGUGCUGUUAUGUCUACCAGUGUUCCAAUAAAGGCUACAACA